AUUUCUGUCCAUAGGAAUGACGUCGGCGAACUGUUAAUCAGCUGAUUCUGUGCGAUCAAAUGAACCAAAAUAACACGAUUUAAUCAGUCCAAACGGGAGUAGCAUCUACAAAAAAACUGAGGAUAUUUUAGUAGGGCAUUGUUGACAUGCUUCAUUGGGUCCCUCAACAUGGACAAGAUUUUGGAGGGCCUCGUGAGCUCCGAUCACUCUGUUCCAGUGAAGAGAGCCAUUGUGAAGAAGGUAGUGGAAGCGGCAGAGAAAGAGGUGACUGAGGAGCAGUGUCAGUCCCUGUUCAUUCUAACCACCCGCCUCAUCCUGCUUGGUGAGGAUGCCUUUCAAAGGCAGAUCGGCCUCCAGGUUUUGGAGGCAUACGCACGCUACCACCGCCCAGAAUUUGAGCGUUUCUUCAGUAAAGACUUUGUCCUCAGUCUUCUCCAGCAGGGCUACGGCCACCUGGACCGUAAAGACCCAGCCAUUAUAGACUACAUUCACUGCUGCCUGCGGCUGCUCAUCAGCUGCCCCUCGGUACUGGAGAUCUUCAGUAUGAUUCAGGUGGAAGUUUUAAGGAUGGUGUGUGAACGUCCAGAACCUGCCCUCUGUGCACGUCUAAACACUUUGCUGUCAGACUUUGUGCAGUGCAUUCCGAGAGAUAAGUCAGGAGUUUUGUUCUGCCAGCAGCUUGUGAGGACAAUCAGUUACUUCCACUGCUUUGCCAGCCAGGAGCGGGAGCUGAGAGAGUAUGUAGGUCAGGUGACUAAGGUCAGCACACUGCUGCAGAAUAUCUGGAAGGCUGACCCAGCCACACUGCUUCCCUCACUGCAGGAAGUCUUUGCCAUUAUCUCUUCUACAGACCCCUCCUUUGAUCCAUCCAUUGCUCUGGCAAGCCUGGUCCAGCACAUCCCAGUCCAGAUGAUCACAGUGCUCAUCAAGAGUCUCACCACGGACCAGAAUGUGAAAGACGCAAGCAUGACUAAAGCACUCUGCAGGAUGAUUGAUUGGCUGUCUUGGCCUCUGGCCCAACAUGUGGAUACCUGGGUCAUUGCUCUUCUGAAAGGACUGGCUGCAGUUCAGAAGUUCACCAUCCUCAUAGACGUCACUCUGCUCAAGAUCGAGCUGGUAUUCAGUCGUCUGUUGGUACCCCAUCGUGCGACAGGGGGCGCUCACCGUGCUCCCGUGCUCUCCCAUGCUGCUCAGUUUCCAGCAUUCUCCCGAGGCCUUCCAUUGCAUCACAGUGUCCUGAAUAUCUUCCUCUCAUCUUUAUCCCUCACGGUCUCAGUUGUUCCACAUGUGGUGCACCUGGUCCAGUCUUUGAGGACAGAUGGUCUCCCCACCAGUAAAGCUUUCUUGCUGCAGUUUACUGAGCUAAUACACUGCAUGAUGUACCAGUACUCCGGCUUCCCUGACCUCUAUGACCACAUCAUUGAGGCCAUCAAGGAUCUCCCAAAACCAGGAGAGGAAAAAAUCAAGUUGGUGUUGAAUCAAAGUGCCUGGACCUCCCUCAAUUCAUUUGCAUCAGGUCUCCUGAGGCAAGUUGGGAAGUCUGAGACUGGCAAGACUGGCCUGGUUAACUUGGGGAACACCUGCUACAUGAACAGCAUCAUUCAAACCCUCUUCAUGGCCACAGAUUUCAGGCGGCAUGUUUUAUCAUUGCAUCUGAAUGGUUCCCACACAUUGACUGAAGUGCACCGAUUUAAAAACGACGCAAAGUUACACGAAGAGGAGAAAACACUUCAGGUCCUGGAAUCAGCUAAGCCAAAGGUUGCCUCCCCUGUGGACACAAGCAGCAAAGACCCAGAAGCUCAGACUUCUCCAGAGGACACUGAAGAAUCAGCUUCAUCUCCAGCAGAAGCUGAACCUGUGGAUGAUGGGAGGACUUUGAUAGAAAGGAUGUUUGGCGGGAAUCUGAUCACAGGGAUUCGCUGUAUGCAGUGUAACAUUAUCUCUGAGAAACAGGAACGUUUUACAGACUCUCUGGCCUUCUGUCCAUCUGCCACGUCUCAGGACAGCCCUCAAGCUGCAGGGCCCUCAGAGGAGCCUAAAGUUCUCUGUCAGGGUUCUGUCAAUGGUGGCAGUGAAACUCCAGAGCCAGGUUCGGCUAAAAAUCCCACUAGCAAUGUACAAUUUGUGCCAGUGACAAAUGGGCCCCCUCUCUCUGUGCCUGACCUGGUGAACUAUUUCCUCGCUCCAGAGAUCCUGGAUGAAGAGAAUGCGUAUUUCUGUGAGAAGUGCAGCUCCCUGCAGCGGGCCGAGAGGACCAUGAAACUAGUGUCGGCACCUGAAUACUUAAUCCUCACCCUGCUGCGAUUCUCAUAUGAUGCCAAAUGCCAUGUCCGCAGGAAGAUUCUGGAAAAUGUUACCAUCCCACCCCUCAUGAGACUUCCUGUGCACUCUCCUUCGAUGCAUACACAAUAUUCCUCUUCUACCUCCUCCCCUCUGCAAGUGGACUCCCCAGAGAGCAGCGAGAAUCUGGCCAAGAAGCUGAAACCAUCUCAGAAAGAGGAGGAAGAAGAGGAGAAGGAGAGGAUAGAUGGAGAAGAGCUUUUAAACAGAGGGGGAGAGAUGUCAGUCCAGUCCGUGCCCUAUGUGCUCAGCUCAGUGGUGAUGCAUUCUGGCAUUUCGUCUGAGAGCGGCCACUACUACUCCUACGGUCGUAACAUUAACGGAGCAGAUGGAACCCAGCAUCCAGCCAAUCACUUUGCCCUAAAGGAGGACUUGGGAAACGGCCAGGCUGAGUGUAGCCUCCCCACUUGCUCUGCUCUCUCGAUUUCACCUGAACGAGGAGACACACCUUCGAACAGUGGCCAGGAGGCAAGGGAUUGGCUGCUUUUCAACGACAGCAGAGUGACAUUCUCGUCCCUCCAAUCGGUGCAAAACAUUACUAAUCGCUUCCCCAAGGACACAGCAUAUGUGCUUAUGUACAGAAAACAGGAGUUACCAGGGCAGAGAAUAAAUGGAGGACUGAUGGCAAAUGGAAAAAAAGUGAGCGCUGAGCCUCCGCUGCAAAAAGAACUCCUGGAUGCUAUCAUCAAGGACAACAAGCUGUAUUUACAGGAGCAGGAGCUCAAUGCUCGGACCCAGGCUCUCCAGGCCCCUUCAACCUCCUGCUCAUUCAGGCCCAACGGUUCAGAUGACAAUAACCCACCAGGGAGCUGUGGCCCAUCAGGGGGAGGAGGAGGAGGAGGAGGAGGGGGAGGGGGCUUCAAUACUAUUAGCAGACUGGUCUUCUAGAGGGGAUAAAAAAAAUCAGCAGGAAACACAGAUGAACUGACAUAAAGGGGCACUGAACUGAUCAUACAGGAGCCUGAACUUCCAUGAAGCAGAUAUGUAAUAACCUCAUAAAAAAGAGCACUGAAAAACAACAAACGCACACACACACACACAGAACUGCUACUUCUGAUUCCCGAUUUUGUUAGGUUUUAAUUUUAUACUAUUGUUUCAGUUAUAUAUAAUUUAUUUUGAUAAAUUGACUUAAAUUCUAAUAUUAAAUUUACCCAAAAAUUUGAGGUAGAUGAUAGUGAUUGGAACGAAAUGAAUGACAUCGGGCUCAGUAUGAUUUUAUAUUAAUGAAAAGACUUCAAUCUUUACUUAAAUUAAUUGAAUGUGGUAAUCAGUUUCAGUUAAUAACAUGUUGAUAUUAACUGGUUUUCAGUGUUUACAUUACCUCAAACACACACACACACACACCAAACAUAAACAUAUGCAAAAACAUGCAUGUGCAGUGCACAGUACAGACAAAAAAGCAUUCAACUGUAAGAUAAAGAGACUGUUUUGGAUGUGUCAUAGUUCUGAACACACAGCUCAACCUUUGUUUACUUUUCUGAUUUGCAUGUGGCUUUUCCUCACGAGCUGUAGAGUUUGAUUUUCAAGAUAUUUCAAUCUUUUUUGAUGUGUGCUUUGGUGUUUUAUAGGUUUCUUAUUUCAUGCAAUAAAUUUACAUAUGACUAAAAAUAUCAUUCUGAAUUA